AUGGAGGCCUUCCAAACCACGAAGAACAGUGCCCUCAUAGUAGAAAGAUCCGUCCCUCUCGCCGUCCUGCCAGAACAAGAAACUCCCGGGGGGAGAUUAGCUAAAACCUCUCGAGGGAAGUUGGUUGUUGAUUGCCAAAAGAAGUUAGGAGUCCCAUUUGUGGAGGCAAUAUCUAAUCGUGAUAUCGAAAGUCUGGGUGAUACGAGAGUUUUGUAUUCUGAUGUUCUAGGUAAGCUUAUCUACAAGGAUCCUACGGAAGAUAUACCUGAAGUUGCCCCCCUUCUAACUGCACAGGUGACUAAAUUUAGAUGUGGAGGUUUCACUAUUGGGAUCGCAAUUGACCAUUGCAUGGUAGAUGGAGGGUCAACAAUGGAUUUUAUGAACACAUGGGCUAAAAUAGCAAGAGGCAAGCCAUUGUCCCUCGUCCCUUCUCAUGACAGAAUUAUACUAAAAGCAAGAGUGCCUCCUCAAAUCAAUGGUGUUUACAAGGACCUUGUUCACCCGACCGCCGGCUCCUCCUCACCCGCGCUGCGCUGGUGCCACCAUACCGCGCUGCUCCGAGAGCCCGUCGCCCCUACCGCACCUCCACCCAACGCCGGCAGCUGCACCACCAGUCACCGCCACUCCGCCGGUUGUCCACGAUCGCCCAGCGUAGAUCCAGCGACCCGACGUCCCUGCUCGCCGCACCGACGCAGCCCGGAGCCGAAGCCCACUGCGAUUUCGCCCUGCUGCUUCACCGUUCCGCCCCUCGCCGUCGCGACCCGCCUUCGUCUGCCCGUGCCCCAGCAGGUUUCGAGCCGGCUCCUCCUUGCUCUGUUCGUGAGCCGCCCGAGACGCCUGCAGCCCUCUGUUCCCCCGACGACCGCUGCUGCUGCUCCCGCUCCGCUGUCCGCUCAGUCGCACCGAUCUGCCGCCAGUCAUGACGCCGCCGCCGCUGUCUCUCAGCCCAGCACUGCGCUUGAUCCGAGCCUCCCCGAGUGA